AAGAGAGAGAGAGAGGAAGAAGAAAAGAAAAAACUUUCCACUGCAUAUUUUCUAUAGAAUUCAAAAGAAAAAUCUUUCGAGUUCUGAAUUUAAUAAGCCAUACCGCAAACAGAAAAAGAAAAAAAAAAAUUUGGAGAUUGUUUGAGGAAAAAUGGGUGACAAUUUAUUUGAAGGAUUACCUCCUCCUUCUCAUCAACAGCAAGCAGAAGAAAAACAAGAAAAACACGAAGAAGAAGGACAACAAGGCAGAGAUCAACUUUUUUCUUCUUUGAAGACUAGUAGUAGCAACAAUAGCAAGGAAGCUUCUCUAAACCCAGUUCUUAAAAGUGCUCUUAAGAGACCUAAGCCUGCAGAACCUAACCCUGAAGCUGCUGCAAUAGAAAAGCGGUUGAGAUUUAAGAUGACCACAGAUGCCUCAGAGACACAAGUUAUCGAGGCAAUGCAGAAGAUUGCAUCACAUAUCAAGAACCCCACCAAGUUUGCUAAGGCUUCAAAGCUUGCCAUACAGUUGAUACAGGCUGGAAGUGUGAAGGCAGGAACUAGUGAACACUUUUUUGCUAUACUAGAGGCUGCAAUGUCAUCAACAACUUCUUGUACUGAUCCUUCAGUGCGAGGAGAUUAUCAUUCGCUGUUCUCAGCAGCACAAGAUGCAGCUGAAUGCUUAAACAAGAAGCAGAAGAACCAACUGACAGUAUGGACAUUCAGGGCGGUGAUGGCAAAUGACUUAUUAACUGAUGACAGCUUUGUGUUUUCUAAAACUGCUAGUAAAUUAAAAGAUGCUAUAUCUAGUCUUCCAUUUGCGACCGAGGAUGAUGACAUGGAUGAAGCUGCUACCCUGAAAGGUGAGACUGAAAUUGGCAAUGAUGAAAAUGACAAGAAACAAGCUAUAGUUGCUCCAGCUGAAGAAAAUAACAAGGAUGCAUCUGAUCCUUUUGGACUCGAUGCUCUGAUUCCUAGAUCUGGGAAAAAAGAUGAUAGAAAAGUAAAGAAAGAUGUGGCUUCCAAGAGUAAGGAGGAUGAGGAAGAGACUAAGAGAUUUCUCAAGUCACAGAGAGAAGCCUUAAUUACUUGUUUAGAGAUUGCUGCUCAACGUUAUAAAACACCAUGGUGCCAGACAGUUAUAGAUAUCUUGGUAAAGCAUGCAUUUGAAAAUGUAGCAAGGUUUACAUCUCAACAAAGGGCUGCCAUUGAAAAGCUAUGGGCUUCUGUUCGGGAGCAGCAAAUACGUAGGAAGCAAGGGAAAUCAGUUACUGGGAAACUUGAUGUGAAUGCUUUUGAAUGGCUUCAGCAAAAGUAUUCUACUGAGAAAAUUAGUAUUAGGCAUUCUGUUGGAGCUAGUGGGGAUCGUCGUUGUCAGCAGUGGCUUGGUUAAUGCCCUUCUUUCGUGUUGUCCAGAGCAGAAGCAUUACCGAUCUUAACUCUUACCCAGAAAACAAAUUGAAAUUGUUGAUUGAUCUUCUGUUAAUCUGAAUAUAAUAUGUUUUAAGUGUCAAAACAUUUUUAAACGAUACAAUUCAUAUAGAUAUGGAUAUUUAUUCUCCUUUUUUUCUUUAAA